UUAAGCUAAAUUUUUGAACUGCGGUCGCACCUCGGAGUGUAUUUCUGACAUGAAUGAAGCUCCUUAUAAAAAAACACCAUCAGCCAUUUGGAGACGGCUAAUGUAAACUGUGGGUCCCUCCAUAUGUUGGAAAAACAUCAAGACUCAAUACCACAGCGGCUACAAAGCGCCAAUUAUUAUGUAAUUUUGAUAAGAUACAUUGAAGUUAGGAAGGAAAAAUUUUUAUAAUCGUCGUUAAUUCUUCGAAAAUACAAAAUGCAUCUUCCAAUGUGAUAAAAAUAUUGAACAAACUAGCGCAGAAACCAAUUGGAUGAAGUGGAGCAUAAGUUUUCAAUUGGUCUUAAGCGAAAAAUGCUUUUCGUUGUAUUUUCGUUUGAUAUAUUUUACAGGAACGAAAAGAGAAGUUUUCUAAAUUUCAAUUUUAAAAUUCAACUAAACAGCGCAAAAAGCAGCUAAGUCCAACUGAAACGAACCUAAAAUGGCAACUCUGGUAAGAAGUGGAAGGAUCUCAAAACAUGUUUGCUUUGCACAGCAUAAAACUAACUUUUUACGCGAAAUGUGAGUCCUGCGGAGGGAAAUGAACUUACUGCUGCUCGCCGAUUGACAUUUACAGCCCGUUGGGCAAGCAAAUAAAAUCGAUGGCAACAACAGGAACAGGAGCAGAAGGCAAAACAUUUACAUAUUUGCAAAUAUACAAAGUUAUACUAAUCAAUAUAGAGAAUAUCAACGUUUAGUAAGAGCAAGCCGAUGUUAAAUUUGAUUUAUCGCUUAUAUUUAACCUAUUAAUUUAUUUUGUAUUGUUUUUUUUUUCAAAGUUAUAUGAAGCAAACUAAAUUCAGGUUAUAACCGUUAUAUUUGAAACUCCAGGUGCUUUUAGACUAGGAAUGAUUUUAAUUUAAAAUAACGUUUUGAGGUUAACAGCUUUCUCAGGUACAAUCAAAACGGUAAAACACGUCUUUAAGUCUUUGUCUAAGACUCCGGACUCUUAAGCAAAUUAUUAAAACGAUACUGAGCUUCAAUGGAAAUUUCUUCAAUGCUGUUAUUUAUAUAUAUACGAGUACAUAUGUAUGUAUGUACACAAAAGCACGAUCAACACUUGCUCCAAGUAAAUAUUGUUCGCCUGACCCACUAUAAAUUAUGACGCAACUCUCGCGAAAACUUCAGUUACUUAAAACCCAAAGACUCGGUUGGAUGGUUGAUUGCGGAAUUACUACACGGCUAAAAGAAAAUUCCAAAAACAAUAAAAAGCUUUUAAGUGUGCCUGCGCUGCAUCAGUGUAGCAUUUCAGUGGUGAGGCGACGUGAAAAGCCAACAACAAAUCGAAGUAUUAAAAGUGAAAACGAGUUUAACUUUCUCAGCCCGGAAGUGAUUUUACACUGGUGGCGCUAAAUGUUUUACACAGUUAUAUUUUUUAGCGCUCUGGUUUUACUCUUUCUCUUCUGGGAUGUAAAGAAACCUUCGAAAUUUCCGCCUGGACCAAAAUGGUAUCCAAUUGUCGGCUGUGCGCUGCAGAUCUCCGAAUUGCGUAGGAAAUGUGGCAUGUUUUGCAAAGUAGUUGAUGAAUUGGCCAAAUUCUAUAUAAAUCCAUAUGGCUUAUAUGGUCUCAAGAUUGGUAGAGAUAAGCUUGUGAUCGCAUAUUACAGCGACACCAUAAACGAAAUGAUGACCAACGAAGAUCUCGAUGGCAAGCCGAAUGGUAUAUUCUAUCGAAUGCGUACAUUUAAUUCGAAGAAGGGUAUUUUGGUCACCGAUGAAGACCUAUGGUUGGAUCAACGACGCUUCAUUCUGCGUCAUCUAAAAGAUUUCGGAUUUUCGCGUGCUGGCAUGGUGAACAUUAUACAAAAUGAAGCCAGCUAUUUGUUGGAGGAACUGAAGGAAGUUGUGGCCGAACAGGGUGGCAAACGGGCGGAAGUGUCGAUGCACGACUUGUUCAAGGUAAAUGUGCUCAAUACAUUAUGGUCCAUGAUGGCUAGCAAACGGUACGACCGGAAGAGCGAAGAAAUAACCGACCUUUUAACUAUGUUUUUUGAGCUUUUCCAAAACGUGGAUAUGGUGGGAGCGCUAUUCAGUCACUUCCCUCUAAUAAGAUUCAUCGCACCAAACUAUUCCGGCUACAACGCUUUUGUGGAAAAUCAUCAACGUAUUUACGCCUUUUUGCGCAAGGAAGUCGACAACCAUCGCAAAACAUAUACAAAUCAUGAUAUGCCGCGCGAUCUAAUGGAUAGCUAUUUGCGGGAAUUGGACAAUCCAAAGCGCGGUGAGUUUUUCAGUGAGGAGCAAUUGUUAGCUGUGUGCCUGGAUAUGUUUUUAGCUGGCUCGGAAACCACCAAUAAAAGUUUGGGUUUUGCUUUUUUACACAUGGUGCGUAACCCAGAAAUACAGGAGAAGGCUUUCGCUGAGAUAAGAGAAAUGAUUGGUCUUGAUCGAUUGCCAGAGUGGAGUGAUCGUGCCAAGCUACCCUACUGUGAAUCUAUUGUCUUGGAGGCUGUACGUAUGUUUAUGGGCAAUACCUUUGGUAUACCACAUCGUGCUCUACGCGACACUCGGCUCAGCGGUUUUAAUAUUCCUAAAGACACGAUGGUAAUCGCCUGUUUCCGAGGAAUGCUUAUGAAUUCUCAUGACUUUCCAGAUCCAGGCAAAUUUGAUCCAGAACGUUAUUUAAUGGGUGGAAAAUUAAAAAUUCCGGAGGCUUACAAUCCAUUUGGCUUCGGACGGCAUCGUUGUAUGGGUGAUAUAUUGGGGAAGCAAAACCUUUUCAUGUUCAUAACGACGGUGUUGCAACACUUUCGAUUCGUGUCUCUGCCGGGAGAAAUCCCUGACGAAGAGCCUUUGGACGGCGCUACCGCAGCCGUAAAACCUUUUAAAGCUUAUAUUGUGCCGAGGCAAGCGCGAAUGUAAACGUUAUAUAAAAGCCGGCUUAUAUCACUCUGGAUACGCACGUUCGAGUAUAUAUAAGCAAUAUGUUUUGGAAUAAUUUUAAGUAAGAGCAGA